AUGUCUAUUUACCUUCAGCUUGAUGAGCUUCAAAAUGAGGCACUCUCUAAAAUUAAAGGCAUAUUCAGUGAUAAAGAAGAGGUAAAGGAACAGGCAUACUCUGUCAUGUCUGAGUUCAAGAACUUGCUUGCAGUAGCGAAGACAUUAAAUAAGACCGAUGAAGAUAAUUUGACCUACCAAAUCUAUGUAGACAAACUAGCAGAUCUCAAAGUACGCCUAAGGGAGGCACAAGUUCGAUCACGAGCUGCAGCAAACACGAUAAUUCACAAGCAAAGAAUUGAAGAGUAUUGUCAAAAGGAGAAGUCAUUGGAAGACGCAAAGGAGGAAUUGUUCAAAGGUAGCAAUCAGGGCAAGGGUGUUAGCGAAACAGGGAUUAAUAAGUUGUCUGGCCAAACUCAACUCUUAGAGAAGAACAAAGCAAUCACAGCCUCUUUGCAGGCUACACGUCAAAUGAUGUCCACAUCCAUCAUGCAUACAGAGCUUAAUAUAGACACAAUUGACCAACAAUCCAAGGAUUUGGGCCAAUUGAACGACAAGUUCAGCGACUUCAAUGAUCUUUUGACCAGAUCCAGGGCGAUUGUUCAGUUUAUCCAGAAACAGGACAGAAGUGAUAAGAAUAGGAUAUACAUGAGUCUCGGGUUCUUGGCCGUAGUGUGCUGCUGGGUUAUAUGGAGGAGAAUAUUGAAGCUACCUGUGUAUUUCAUGUUAUGGACUUUGUUGAAAGUAUUCAGAAUUUUCACUUGGUUGCUUCCAGCUGGCCUGAGCGAAUUGCUUAUUCCUCCUAUCGCCGCUGAAAUUAGUUCGAGCUCGAUGAUUCGAAUAGGGACUACUUCUGCUUCUUCCUCCACCGCUACUACUACUACUGUACUUGCGUCUGCAGUCAUAUCAUCCGUUACAUCGGCAGUUUCUACACUCGUCUCAUCAAUUGACUUGGAAAACGAAUACGCUAUGAGCAUCGACGAAAGCUCUGCCAUUGAAACCUGGGAGGAUAUAGUUUCUCAAGCUACAGAAUUGGUUAAAGACGAAUUGUGA